AUGUAUCUCAUCAAUAGGAUCGCACAAUCAAUUCUAUUUCUGGCGAGUGCACUGGCCAAUGCCAGGCUGUUCGAACUGGGUCUGCCAGAAGAGAUCAAGCCAGGCGAGAAAUUCAAUAUCACGGUGAAACAAGCCAUCGGAAUACCCAUGAUCGAAGUUUCGAUGUUGUUCGGAAUCGACAGAUACGACGCCGAGGCAAACAUUGCGCCCGAGCCGGGAAACAUGGGUGGGACCCUUUUGGGUUCGAUCGAUCUACGAGCAAUUCUAGGAGAUGGAAGAGGCCAGAACGUCACGACACUAACUGGCAUGACUGUGCCCGACAAGUUUCCGCUCGGUCCGGCCGCGAUCCAAGCUGUGAUUCUUUCUGUCCAAGGUCCUGUGAAUUCUCCUACGAUUGAGACCUGGUUCUGGAAUGUCACAAUAUCCGACUCGACGAGCGAUCAACUUGUGUCAGCCACGUAUGCCGACACUAAUAGCAGAUACUGUCAAAUAUAG